CCUGCCUACAUAAGCUCGCGCGCGAACUCCAUUUCCCAGCGCGCACUGCGCCGCGCGAUGUUUCCCACAGCUGACAGACAGCGAGCAGACGCUCACAGCAGAACGCGCAGUUCGCACGACGCGCUCGUCCGCGCCGCUACCAAAGCGCACUCGGGUCUGGGAUUACCCACAGCCAGAUAUCUUCAUUUCUCCGGAACCCGUUUCCGAGCUUGUCCGCACGCGAUCCGCGCUGUCUGAUGGCAUGCAUCUGCAGCGCAUGUGGAUCCUAUAACCGCUUGUAGUUGCGAUAAUCUCCGUGGUCCACGCCGAGCCCAAUGCAGUGGGAUGGAUGGUGGUAGAGUGGGGGUGAUGAUGGUGGAGGAGAGUGAUGAACAGAGGGACAGCGGCGGCGGUGGCGGCGCAGCGAUGGCCGCGUUGCACCAGUGCGAGCUGAUCCAGAACAUGAUCGACAUCUCCAUCUCCAGUUUACAAGGUCUCCGGACCAAAUGCGCGGCGUCCAACGAUCUCACCCAGCAAGAGAUCCGCACUUUAGAGGUCAAGCUCAUGAAGUACAUCUGUAAACAGCUGCAGUGCAAGCAGAAGGUGCCAGACACGGAGAGGCCAUCGGCCCUGGACAGCUACCCGCGGCUUGUAGACUGGUUACGCACCAUCAACAUCAGACCUGAGCUCAUAGAGACUGUGAGCAAGAAGCUGUCAUUGGAUGCUCUGCUGCAGAUGCCCAGUAGUCAGGUGCAGGAAACCAUGAGAAGGCUGGGCUCACGUUCAGAGGAGUGUACCAGGCUGUGUGCUGCUCUCAACUGUUUAAAGAGUGCCUCUGAGUCAGGGGAGUUUAAAGAGGACAGCCCUUGCUGGUUCUCUGAACCCACGAGACGAGACAGCGGCGGUUUGACUCCAGUGGAUCAGAUCCCGUUACUAGGAGGACCCAUACGAUCCCACAGCCCUUCUCCUCUGGCCCGCCCCCCAAACACACCCUCCACCCCCCUGGGCACCUGCCUGUAUCCCCGCUACAUCCUGUCGCCCGGUGAGGUUCACAUCUCCCACGGCUACGCCGAGAGUCUGACCGACCCCAGCCCGUAUUACACCUCCCGACCCGUCCGACUCCACGGGCACACCUCGACUCCGCCCAUAACCCCGCCCUCCAGGAGAAGGCACCGCCUCAAGCCUCCGUGCACUCCACCUCCGCCAUCUCGCAAAGUUUUGCACCUCCUUCCCAACAUCUCGAUGACUCGUAGCAAAAGCCACGAGAGCCAGCUCGGCCACCGCAUCGAGGACACGCCCACAAACAAGUGUGUGAAGAAGAACAAGCUGUUUCUGAACGUCCAGAUAAACGGAAACGGCUGUGAGGACCCUUCGACGCGCUCGCCCACUCUUUGUGUGCGGACCCCCGGAGCGACACCCUCCACUGCACCAUACACCCUGCCGGGCACCCCCACCCUUCAGGAAGAGCACAGCAGCCUCAGAAAUAACGCGGCCGUCCAUCGCAAUUCGCCUCAGGCUCUGAGGAGAGACAUCGGUCUGUCUGUCACUCACAGGUUCUCUACAAAGUCUUGGCUCUCUCAGACGUGUCAGGUGUGUCAGAAGAACAUGAUCUUUGGGGUGAAGUGUAAACACUGCAGGUUAAAGUGUCAUAACAAAUGCACUAAAGAAGCUCCACCCUGCAGGAUCUCCUUCCUGCCCAUCACGAAGAUUCGUAGGACAGAAUCUGUACCCUCUGACAUCAACAACCCUGUGGACCGUCCACCUGAAGCGCCACAGUUUGGGACGCUGCCAAAGGCAAUAACAAAGAAGGACCAGCCUCCGACGCUGAAUCAGCUGGAUUCCAGCAGUAAUCCGUCCUCCACCACUUCCUCUACGCCUUCCUCUCCCGCCCCCUUCCAGCAGAUCAACCCCCCUAGUGUAACCCCGCCCCCAAACCCCUCCCCUAAGGGCCACCGUGACAACCGUUUCCACUUUCCAGCUGCCUGUUAUUUUCAGCACAGGCAGCAGUUUAUCUUUCCCGAUGUGUGCAAUUCCAGUGUGCUUCAUUCAGACGGACUCCCCGAUACAGUUAAUGAAAUUGAUGCCUCAGUGGAAGAGAUGCAUGCCGAACAAGAUGAGGAAAACGACCGAGAGGACCUGGAAGAGGAAGAAGAAGAGGAAAUAGAGGAAGACGAUGAUGUAGCUGUUGAGGAAGAAGAUGAAGACCUCGAGGACGAAGAAGACAUGGAAGAGCUGAACGCCGGCUCGGAGGGAGAAUGCGAAGGAGACGAGCUGGACGAUCUGCCGAGCACGCGGGGAGGAACGCACUGGAAGGGUCCCAUCUCUCGAAAAGCCAGUCAGACCAGCGUCUACCUGCAGGAGUGGGACAUUCCCUUCGAGCAGCUGGAUCUUGGGGAGCUCAUCGGGAAAGGCCGCUGGGGUCGGGUUCAUCGCGGACGGUGGCACGGAGAGGUGGCCAUCCGGCUCCUGGAGAUCGACGGAAACAACCAGGACCACUUGAAGCUCUUUAAGAAGGAGGUGAUGAACUAUAGACAGACGAGGCAUGAGAACGUCGUUCUGUUUAUGGGAGCGUGCAUGGCCCCUCCUCAUCUUGCCAUCAUUACCAGCUUUUGCAAAGGCCGGACGUUGUAUUCUGUUGUGAGAGACACAAAGAACACAUUGGACAUUAACAAGACACGACAGAUCGCACAGGAAAUCGUGAAGGGGAUGGGCUACCUUCAUGCUAAGGGAAUCGUCCACAAGGAUCUCAAAUCCAAAAAUGUCUUUCACGACACCAACAAAGUUGUCAUCACAGAUUUUGGUCUUUUUGGAAUCUCUGGUGUGGUUCAGGAAGGACGACGUGAAAAUGAGUUAAAACUUCCUCACGGUUGGAUUUGCUACCUGGCUCCGGAAAUCGUACGCAAGAUGAGUCCCGGAAACAAUGAGGACAGGCUUCCGUUUUCAAACGCUGCUGAUGUUUAUGCUUUUGGCACCAUCUGGUACGAGCUGCAGGCGAGAGACUGGCCCAUCACCAGUCAGCCUGUUGAGGCCACCAUCUGGCAGGUGGGCAGCGGAGAGGGCAUCAGAAGGGUCCUGGCAGAGAUCAACUUAGGAAAAGAGGUCACGGAAAUUCUGUCUGCUUGUUGGUCGUAUGACUCCCACAACCGGCCCACGUUCACCCAGCUGGCUGACAUGCUGGAGAAACUGCCCAAGCUCAACCGAAGACUGUCUCAUCCUGGGCAUUUCUGGAAGUCUGCAGAGUAUGUAUCCUAAUCUGUGAUGCAGUUUAAGACCGAGAAAUCCAGCUCCAGAUUCUCAAGUGACAUCAUCAGAAAAACAUGACCUGAAAAGUGAUUCUUAUAUUGUUUGUCCAAUUGUUGUUUACUAUGCGUCGUUUCCACCAACUUUUUCCUCAUAAACACUGCUAUAUCUAUUUUUUAUAUUUUGUGUUUUUUGCUAAUCGUAUUUUUUCUAAAUUUCUCCAGAUUUUGUUUGUUAACUUUCCUUAAUCUCUAAAAACAUUCAAUGCUAAGCGUAUUACUUCUUACUGCUAAUUCGUUUCUACAUUAGCAACCUAAUGUCUCUCUAAUCUGCCUCUUCCAUCUCUUUUAUGUUUGUUAUGUUUAUGUCUUCUUUAUUUCUCUCUGUAGGUUGUAGCUGUGUGCCUGAAACAAUGUGCAAUGCAAAACACACAAACUCUGGCUCUGCCUUGCAUGCCUGCUGAACACCUGACCUCUUCUGGACUUACAAACUAACCAUCGUCUGCUCUUCCGUCUCUAACUUUCUGGUUCUGUGGGUGGCGGUGGGGGGCCUGCUGUAGCGAUGCGUGAAACGAAACGCUUUGCCUUUUUUAUUCCUGAUUCAUUUUCUUGUGUGAAGUGCGUGACUGGUUCUCUCUCCUGCUCCAGUUUGUGAUGUCAUGUGACACAUUACCAGGAUUUAUCGACGCUGAAAUGAAGAUGCUCUUUCACUCUUUCUUUCUCCUUCUUUCUCUUGUGGUCUUGGUGCCUCUUAGUCCUGCGUGAUGUGGGGAUUCUGGCUCUGAUUGGACCGUCUGGUUCAUGUUAACACAGCUUUUGUUUUCACACUUUCUCACACAGUGUCUGACAGUGGGCGUAUUUGUAGCACGAAUGAUAAUAUUGUUAUUAAUGGAGAAAUUUUUGUGUCCUAUCCAGGCGUGAUGCAACACCAGUGACAUUUAAAUUUGUCCUCGCGGAAUGCGAAACAUGAUGUUACACGGAUAAGUAGAGCAAGAUUUGGACCUAUGACAUUUUACAGAGGGCAUGGCUUCGUAGAAAUAGAAACUGUCCCAAAAAAAGAAACAAACUGUCACGUUGCUUGUCCCGGUGACAAAUAAUAAAAAAAAAAUAUAUAUAUAUAUACACAUGAAAUUUUAUCGCUUGCCACUUUAUCGUGUUACGCCUGGUUAGGAUUUGUUGUGAGGGUCUGUCUGAUGUAGUUUUAUUAAAUGUAGAAAACCGACAGCUAUCUGAAGCUGACGAAAACUGAGCGGGUUUAUAAAACGUUUACCCUCUCGAAAUAUAUCUGGCACAGAUUGCGAAAAAUGAGCCAAAGAGAAGCGUUGUAUGUCUUCUCACCUGACUGAAGUGGAUCUGUUUGCACCAGUUGAAGAAGAGCUAGAUUUACCCAGCAGAAAAGUGUUUCAUAAUAAGUUGUGUAUACAUGAACUCUCAUGUGUGUUUGUGUGUAACGUGCGUGUUCGUAACGUGUAUGUGGAAGGGUGUGCGUUCGUUCGUUUGUUCUGUGAAAGACUGGACUUUGUGGUUUGGAAAUAUGAAUGACAUUAAAAUAUUUAUGUAUAAAUAUGGUUUAUUUAGUGUACAGGCAAUGAACAGAAUUCUUUUAAUAUUUAUAUGGACAUUUUAUAUCAAUAUAAAUAAAUAUAUAUACUGUACAUCAUGACAUUUUUGAAUAGGUAUUGCUGUCCUAUCCCAGAUGUAAAUAUUCUUUAUAUUUUUUCAUGUAAAGAAAACAAAAACAAACCUGUAAAGCAAACUUUUUUUAGAAUGGGUCGAUACAUGUCAUAUUUUUGUAUUGCAUGUGGCUACUGUACACAGUGUCUGUUCUCAUCCUUGAAAGACAAUAAAACCAAGCUUGUCACGUGACAGAUGUCAGAUUUA